GGGGGGCGUCUUACGGGAAGCAGGAAAGCAGCACCCGCAUGAACACCGCCCACCCAGGCAACUGAAGGCAGCUCACAACACGAGAGGAUGUGGUCAGUCUGCGUUAGCUUCAACUCCGCUGGGUCACUCAACUUCUUUCUCCAGUUUGAAUUCAACGAAUAGCUCGUCCAAUGGGUAGCCAGCGAUAUGGUAUGAACAACAGAAAGCGAUGUUUUUAAAACAGCUCAGUUUCGGCCGUUGUUUUGGUCCCGGAGUAAGUGACUAACGCUGCUGCUGUUUUGGCCUGCUACACGGAUAUCCUAGCUAGAACUAGCCGUAGCCUCUCCUGGCUCCUGGAGCUUCCCUGACAUCUCUUAACCUGAAACAGAAAGAGAAAUGGCACACCUUGCCAGCUAACUCAGGUGGACGUAUCUGUCUCUUUCACUGAAAGCUGUUUAAUUCUCCAGCUAUGAGACUCUCCUCUCAGUUAUAAACAGUUUAAGAAAUGGAGCUUUACUGGUAUAUAGUUGUUAUAAUAUUCAUCAUAAUAAAGAUCUUCUUCUAUGUGUGCUGGUACCGGUCAAGACAAAGGCAGCUGGCAGCAUACUUGAGCAACACUCGCAAUGCACAGAUAGUCAUCGUCGGAGGAAGGGCUUACCUUCAUCAGAUGUGUGAGAGACAGAAUCAAACGUCUGUCUGGCCCAGCUGGUACGGCAUCCAGGAUGACCUUUCAGUCGAGGAGCCCUCCUCGGCUCUGCCCCCGACUGCAUCCUUCUCCCACCUGGAAAUGCCCCCACCAUACGAGGCGGUCUCUGGAGAGGAUGACCUGAAGCCGCCUCCCUACAGCGAAUGCGCCCAGGGCGAUGAAACUGACGUCCCUCAUCUCUCCCACAACACGCCUCUCAUUUCCGAUGGAGGAAACUCCAUUAACAUCAGCGAAGCUCCUCCCCCGUACACACUGACUCCGCCUACUGUAGUCUGCCCACACAGUCCUGUUAGCCAGAUCGAGUCUCUGCCAGAGAGAAGGGCCACUUAAACAGCCGCUGAUUUACGUUUGCCUGCACCCCCCGCCCCCCUAUGCACUGCCUUCCUACAUUCAACCUCAGUGAUCGUUGCCAGCCUUACUCUCACCACAAGAGGGCAAAUGUUUAUUGGGGUGGUUGUGUGCCUGUGUACGAGUGUGUGCAUUCAUUGGUUUUAAAACCAAUUUGCUUUUCUACUUGUAUUAAAAAGUGGUCAUAUGAUGAGUUUGAUAUAACAGAUGAUUGCAGCAAGCCUUUGUGCCUCUGUCAGGACCGCAGAACCUGCUUCCCAGCAAGAAUUAACAUCAGAAAGAGAGACUUUUAAACUGUUGUCUUUUAAGUGUUUUGCUCUUGUAUGUCUACAAUCUCCUGCAGAACCUCUUUAUUCUUACAGCAUAUUUGUAGUUGAUAUCAAACAGUUUGUUCCUAAUUUUAAAUUUUUUUUUACUUUGUCUUUUUCCUACAGUUGUCCAGGACACGUUAAUUCAGCACCAGUUUGAUACAAACAUUCUUGUUUAGACAAUCUAAAACAUCUUGAGCCACCAGGUGUACAUAUGCAUCGGAAAUAAUCAGCUGUCUACUCAUUGCAACAUUACUUCUUUUAUAAAGCUUCAUCUAUAAAUGCACUAAAUCAUUUACAUAAGUAAGUUGUGUGUUAGACUGAGACAUUAGUUUAAUUAACUGAGUGGGACUGAACAGAGAAGGGGAACAAGGUGAGGAAACACUAUGAGUAGACAAGAGAUUCUUUCAAUUAUAACUAUCACUACUGAACUUUUUUUUACAAAAAGUAAGCAGUGGGACAUAAAGGUGCUUAAGAAAUUAAUUUAAAUAAUGUAAAAUCAAUUAAGCUGAUUAAGAAAUAAGAAAACCAUCUGGAAAAACCUCAAAGUUGUUUAAAUUGAAGCUCGUGUAAAUUGCUGUUUCUGCAAUCAUCCACUGAAUUAUUUUUUUUACAUAAGUUGCUUAAAAAAGUGAGAAAUAACUACAGGAAAAAAACAUUUGUUUUAUGUAAUCUUUGUUAAUUUACCACAGGCAGGUGGACAUUAUCCAAGUGUUGUAUUUUCUUGAAUAUUAUUACUUUGGGAAAAGUUUUACUGUUUUUUUUUUUUUUUUGGAGGCUGAAUUUCAUGAAGCUACAAUUUUAUUAUACUUCCAGUUAAUCCUGUUCCAGUGUUUGCUCAGAAAAUCAUGUUUAUGUGGCCAAGCUGUGAUUCUCUAGUAGCACAAAGCAAGAAAUUACACCCAAACUCGCUCCUAAUUGUGAUGGAGUUGGUGAAAGACACAACACUGUGAAGGUUUUCAUCUUCUGAGAUUGGCAUUAGCCCUGAAACUCUGAAUUUUUCUCUUUAAGUUGAAUAUGUUGCACCCUAGCAACGCAGAAAAGUGAGAAUUGGAGGUUCACAAAACCUGUGAAACUGCAACUUGCUGAAUUUCCUUUGAAAAAAUAAAUAAUCUGGGUUACCUGGACAAGGAGGACCACCGGAGGCGUUCACUGAUGCAUUGAAGAAAGCUUUGUGUCAGUGGAGGACCCUGGAGAAGGGGUGAAAAGGGGAGGCAGAUUAUCUCCGACGGCAGCCAUUAAAGAAAGAAAACUUGUGGAUAAAACCAAGUUUUAUUCACAUUCUCUCUCUGGGACCAACUUCUGCCAUUUUGUUUGUGUGUAAAAUCUAGCAGAGAUGAGAAGAGCCUCAUAUCUUAGUGGUUUCUUGUAUUGACACCAAACACUGUUUGGACUAUCGAGCUGAAUACACUUCCUUCCUGCACUGCUUGGCCAUCUUAUCUAUGCUUACCCUUUUUAAUUUUGGGGAAGUAUGGAAUAUGGUGGGUUUUAGAUGUGUGCUAUGUUGUAAUGGUGAGUCUUUACAUUGUAAUGAUAAAUUAGCUUGUACCUAAUGCUUUACCAGAUUCUUUUGUUUGGUUUUGUCAGUCAGAUGGAUGCAACAGCAAAGGUACAAAUGAAUGUAUGUUUGGACCUGCUCGAUAUCACUAACCUGUCAGCAGCAGCAUGCUCAAUCAAUCCUCUCCUGUAACAUUCUGUAUUUCAUGUUUGUUCACUUCAUGUUCAUUCCGUAUGGUGGUUGAAAAAUCAAUUUCCAUUAUGUCUAAGUGAGAAUUAAGGGGAAAAAUAUUUUUAUGUCUUGAAACGAGAAAUAAACCUUCCGUAUAAAGAGCUA